ACACAGAAGUGGUCACACGAUUGCAAGUGGGAUUCCAAUUCGAUCCGUCGCCGUGCGUGGAAAAAAUGCACAGAUAUAGAUAAAGCAGGGAGCAACGCCAGCAGAUCAGAUACAGCUAUAUCGUCGCGAAAACCGAUUAAUAUGUCAAACACAGUCGCUUGCGGAUCAAUAAGGCCGUGAAAAAAGAACGAGUAGGAGUGAACGAGAGAGAGAGCCAGAGGCGGAGGCAGCAAAGACAAAGUGCAUUUUCAGGGCGUGUUUGUGCCCCCCUCCCCUCAGCCUCCCAAACGUCGACAAAAAGUUUGCCGACACAAAGUUUGCCAAACAUGCUGCAAAUUCGCAAAUUCACCUGAGCGGCCAAUAUAAUAACAAAUAAAAAAAUCGCAAACUUCCUUUUCUGCGUGCGUGUGUAUUUGUGUGUGCGUGAGUGUCUCCAAUCUUUUUUGUCUACUCCAAAAACGCAGAAAGAGAAAGAAAAAUGUGUGCGUGUGUGUGUGAAAUAAAUUAAAGCAAAGCAAAAGGCAAACGGCAAAUAAUUGAGCAAAAAGCCAAAAGAGAAGAGCUGAAAAAAAUAAAUAGUAAUAGUAAGCGAAAUAGCCGAAGGAGGAGCCGACGAAGGGCAGAGAGGAGGAGAGAGAAAAGUGUACAAGUUGUUGUUGCUGCGCAAGAGCGAAAACCACCCACUGGCAAAUGGGGGCUCAGCAGGGCAAGGACAGGGGCGCCCACUCAGGGGGUGGCUCAGGUGCCCCCGUCAGCUGCAUCGGUCUGUCCAGCAGCAGUAGUCCAGUGGCGUCCGUCUCCCCUCACUGCAUCUCCAGUUCCAGUGGCGGCAGUAGUGCCCCCCUUGGAGGGGGCUCCACAAUCCGAGGAUCCCGAAUCAAGUCCUCGUCCGGUGGCGUAGCCAGUGGCGUCAACGCAGGGGGAUCUGGAUCUGGACUUAGCCAAAGGAGCGGCGGUCACAAGGAUGCUGCUCGGUGCAAUCCCGUGGGUCUCAACAUAUUCACCGAACAUAACGGUACCAAGCACAGCUCUUUUCGCGGCCAUCCAGGCAAAUAUCACAUGAACUUAGAUGCCCUGCUGCAGUCGCGUCCAUUACCUCUCAUUCCGGCCGGAAGCACGGCGGCCUCUCUUUUGGCGGAUGCGGAGCUCCAGCAGCAUCAGCAGGAUUCCGGCGGACUUGGACUGCAGGGGUCCUCCCUGGGCGGCGGUCACAGUUCGACCACAUCAGUGUUUGAGUCGGCACACCGGUGGACCUCCAAGGAGAAUCUACUGGCCCCCGGACCCGAGGAGGAUGAUCCGCAAUUGUUUGUGGCGCUGUAUGAUUUCCAGGCUGGCGGAGAGAACCAGCUGAGCCUGAAGAAGGGCGAGCAGGUGCGCAUCCUUAGCUACAACAAAUCGGGGGAGUGGUGCGAGGCGCACUCAGACUCCGGAAACGUGGGAUGGGUGCCCUCAAACUAUGUGACGCCGCUCAAUUCGCUGGAGAAGCACUCCUGGUAUCAUGGCCCCAUCUCGCGCAAUGCCGCAGAGUAUUUGCUGAGCUCCGGAAUUAAUGGGAGCUUCCUGGUCCGUGAAAGCGAGAGCUCACCGGGUCAAAGGAGCAUCAGUCUCAGAUAUGAGGGUCGCGUCUAUCACUACCGCAUCUCAGAGGAUCCCGAUGGCAAAGUCUUUGUCACCCAGGAGGCCAAAUUCAACACUCUGGCGGAGCUUGUGCAUCAUCAUAGUGUGCCCCAUGAGGGUCAUGGCCUGAUCACUCCGCUCCUGUAUCCGGCACCUAAGCAGAAUAAGCCCACAGUCUUCCCGCUGAGUCCCGAGCCGGAUGAAUGGGAGAUUUGCCGGACGGACAUCAUGAUGAAGCACAAACUGGGUGGCGGGCAGUACGGCGAGGUGUACGAGGCUGUCUGGAAGAGGUACGGCAAUACGGUAGCUGUUAAGACGCUCAAGGAGGACACCAUGGCGCUGAAGGACUUCCUCGAGGAGGCGGCCAUAAUGAAGGAGAUGAAGCACCCCAAUCUGGUGCAGCUCAUAGGUGUUUGCACUCGAGAGCCGCCAUUUUACAUCAUCACCGAGUUCAUGUCGCACGGCAAUCUGCUGGACUUCCUGCGAUCCGCCGGCCGCGAGACCCUCGAUGCGGUUGCGCUGCUCUACAUGGCCACGCAAAUAGCAUCGGGAAUGAGCUACCUGGAGUCGCGCAACUAUAUCCACCGCGAUCUGGCCGCCCGCAACUGCCUGGUGGGCGAUAACAAGCUUGUCAAGGUGGCUGACUUUGGGCUGGCGCGCCUGAUGCGAGACGAUACGUAUACGGCGCACGCCGGUGCCAAGUUCCCCAUCAAGUGGACCGCUCCGGAGGGACUGGCGUACAACAAGUUCAGCACCAAGUCGGACGUGUGGGCCUUCGGGGUUCUGCUGUGGGAGAUAGCCACUUACGGGAUGUCGCCGUAUCCGGGCAUCGACCUGACCGAUGUGUACCACAAGCUGGAGAAGGGCUAUCGCAUGGAGCGGCCCCCCGGCUGUCCACCGGAGGUGUACGACCUGAUGCGCCAGUGCUGGCAGUGGGAUGCCACCGACCGGCCCACGUUCAAGAGCAUACACCAUGCGCUGGAGCACAUGUUUCAGGAAUCGUCCAUCACUGAAGCGGUCGAGAAGCAGCUGAACGCCAACGCCACCAGCGCGAGCAGCUCCGCUCCGAGCACAUCGGGCGUGGCCACCGGCGGAGGAGCCACAACCACGACGGCGGCCAGCGGCUGCCCUUCCUCAUCCUCGGCCACCGCCUCGCUCAGUCUCACACCGCAGAUGGUGAAGAAGGGUCUGCCAGGAGGUCAGUCCCUCGCGCCGAACGCCCACCACAACGAUCCGCACCAGCAGCCGGCCAGUACGCCCAUGUCAGAAACCGGCUCCAGUUCCACCAAGCUGAGCACAUUUUCCAGCCAGGGCAAAGGCAAUGUCCAGAUGCGACGCACCACCAACAAGCAGGGCAAGCAGGCUCCCGCACCACCAAAGCGUACCAGCCUGCUCUCGAGCAGUCGGGACUCCACUUAUCGCGAGGAGGAUCCUGCCAACGCACGUGGCAAUUUCAUCGACGACCUCAGCACGAAUGGUAUACACAAAUUAAAAACUGCCCACAAUUUCAGCCAGACCCUCUCUAGAAAUUUCAAGACCCAAAUUCCAACCCACCACACACACCAAAUACGUACACAACAACAACAACAGUUCGUACUGCAACAAUCCGUACCACUGCCAGUACAGCAACAACAUCAACAACAACAACAACAGAAACAACAACAGUAUUCCAUUAAGAAAUCGUCCUCCUGCAGUAGCUUUCUUUACGACAUCCUAUUUCGAGGACUAGCCCGUGACAUUAACAGUUUGACACAGCGAUACGACUCGGAGACGGAUCCGACAGCCGAUCCGGACACAGACGCCACGGGCGAUAGUCUGGAGCAGAGUCUGAGCCAAGUGAUCGCCGCUCCUGCCGCCAACAAGAUGCAGCAUUCUCUCCACGGCGGCGGAGGCGGUAUUGCUCCUCGAUCUUCGCAGCAGCACAGUUCUUUCAAGCGCCCGACUGGAACUCCAGUGAUGGGCAACCGGGGUCUGGAGACCCGUCAAAGCAAGCGCUCGCAGCAGCAUCCGCAAACCACUGCUCCAGCUCCGCCACCAACUCAACCGCAUCAUGGCAACAACGGGGUGGUCACCAGUGCCCAUCCGAUCACUGUGGGUGCUCUGGAGGUGAUGAAUGUGAAGCGGGUGGUGAAUCGCUACGGCACACUGCCCAAGGUGGCUAGGAUCGGUGCCUACCUAGACAGUCUGGAGGACAGUAGUGAGGCUGCUCCUGCUCUGCCAGCAGCUGCUCCUACUCCUCCGCCAGCCAACGGACAUGCCACACCACCGGGGGUCAGGAUCAAUCCGAAGACCAGCCCCAUUGCGCCACAGCAAAUGAUAAGGAGCAACUCCUCAGGUGGAGUGACCAUGCAGAACAAUGCGGCGGCAAGCUUAAACAAGCUGCAGCGUCAUCGCACCACCACAGAAGGCACCAUGAUGACAUUCUCCUCCUUCCGGGCCGGUGGAUCCAGUAGUUCACCCAAGCGCAGUGGUUCCGGCGUGGGAUCCGGAGCCCAGCCGGCUCUUGCCAAUCUAGAGUUUCCGCCGCCGCCAUUGGAUUUGCCUCCGCCCCCAGAGGAAUUCGAGGGUGCACCACCACCUCCUCCUCCGGCGCCAGAGAGCGCUGUCCAGGCCAUCCAGCAACAUUUGCAUGCCCAACUCCCGAAUAAUGGCAAUAUCAGCAACGGGAACGGAACGAACAACAACGAUAGUAGCCACAACGAUGUUAGCAACACCGCGCCUAGUGUGGAGGAGGCCAGCUCAAGAUUUGGAGUGUCCCUGAGAAAGCGCGAGCCCUCAACCGACUCCUGCAGCUCGCUGGGCAGUCCGCCCGAGGAUCUCAAGGAGAAGCUCAUCACCGAGAUCAAGGCGGCUGGGAAGGAUAGUGCUCCGACCUCGCAUCUAGCCAAUGGAUCUGGAAUCGCUGCCGUGGAUCCCGUCUCCCAGCUGGUCACCGAGCUUGCCGAGAGCAUGAAUCUGCCGAAGCAGACGACGCAACAACAAAAGCUAACCAACGGCAAUGGAUCCGGUUCCGGAUCCGGAUUUAAAGCUCAGCUCAAGAAAGUCGAACCCAAGAAGAUGAGCCCGCCAAUGGCCAAGGCGGAGCCGACCAGUAGCAUCAUCGACUUUAAGGCACAUCUGCGUCGGGUGGACAAGGAGAAGGAGUCGGCAACUCCAGCUCCAGUGUCAGGAGCAGCCCCCCAACUCGUAACCAUCAAUGCCAACACGGGAACUUUGAACCGGAAGGAGGACAGCAGCAAGAAGUUCGCCCAGGCCAUGCAAAAGACUGAAAUAAAAAUCGACGUUACCAACUCGAAUGUGGAGGCAGAAGCGGGAGCAGCAGGCGAUGGCGAUCUCGGCAAGCGACGAAGCACAGGUAGUAUUAAUAGCUUAAAGAAACUGUGGGAGCAGCAGCCGCCGGCGCCGGAUUAUGCCAGCAGCUCGAUUCUCCAGCAGCAGACAUCGGUGGUGAAUGGCGGGGGCACACCAAAUGCCCAGCUGUCGCCCAAAUAUGGGAUGAAAUCGGGAGCCACCGGUACUAGUACCCUCCCAGCCAAGCCGGGCAACAAGCCGCCUCCGGCAGCCCCACCACCACCGCCCCCGAAUUGCACCACCUCCAACUCCUCCACCACAACCACUAGCACCACUAGUAGAGAUUGCACCAGCAGGCAGCAGGCCGGCAGCACAAUAAAAACCUCUCAUUCAACGCAACUCUUCACAGAUGACGAGGAGCAGUCGCAUCAGGAGGGCCCAGGAUCGGGAUCGGGAAGCCAAGGAGCAACGGACAUGACCCAGUCGCUGUACGAACAGAAGCCGCAGAUCCAACAGAAGCCGGCGGUCCCACACAAGCCCACCAAGCUAACCAUCUACGCCACGCCGAUAGCGAAACUGGCCGAACCGGCCAGCUCCACCCAGAUCUCACGCGAGAGCAUCCUCGAGCUGGUGGGUCUUCUGGAGGGCUCGCUGAAGCAUCCGGUGAACGCCAUCGCAGGAUCGCAGUGGCUGCAGCUCAGCGACAAGCUCAACAUCCUGCACAACUCGUGCGUGAUCUUUGCGGAAAACGGGGCUAUGCCGCCGCACUCAAAGUUCCAGUUCCGGGAGCUGGUUACGCGGGUGGACGCGCAGUCACAGCACCUGCGCUCCGCCAGCAGCAAGAACGUCCAGGACAACGAGCGCCUGGUGGCCGAGGUGGGUCAGUCGCUGCGCCAGAUCUCCAAUGCCCUUAACAGGUAAAUAAUAAGACGGGGGAUGGACGCGCCCGACCAACAUCCGGGCAUCUGGCUGGAUGCCGAGGGCAACUUCAUCAAGCGCAAGUGAUGGGCCCCAUCUGCAGACCCAAUCAUCCAACCACACCAUCCCCCGUGGAAGCGGAAACGGAGCCGGAAAUAGGAAAACAGGAAUCGAAACUUCAAGCCCAGCGAAGAAGAAAGAAAAACUACAGUAGCAGCAGCAACUAAAAUCGGAGGAGGACACCUAUGUAUCGUACUUGGUAGCGUGUAGUAGUAGCUUCUAUUAUACAUAUAUACCCAUAUAUAUCUAGUCAGAUCUGUGCAGAGCCCCGACGAACGCUUCCAGAAAAACAAAAAUGAAAACAGAAAACAAUGAGUUGCAAAGCAAAUUUGGGUAAGGUCUCGCGGGAGGAUCCUUGUUUUUAAUUUUAAAGUAAGGGAACCCCUCCUCCCACUCACUCAACCCCUUUCAAACGUAUCCUCAAACGUAUUCGCGCUUCGUUUGUUUUAUAUAGAAAGACACAAGACAUGGCUUAAGAAUGAAAGGAAAUAUAUUCAUAGAAUAUCUCAAUAAAAUUAGUAAUUACAAAGAAAACGCAAUGCAUAUAUACAUAUACAUACAUAUAUUUACAUAUACUAGUCGUAAAAUGUUUUAUUAUACCUAUACAUUUACAUACUUCUACAAGAUAAAAGAUAUAAAAGAUAAUGAUAUUAUUAUAAAUCUAACGACCACGACACUCCCCCUUUUUUGAGAAAACGGAAACGGUAGAUGAUACUUCUUUGAAAUGCGUAUGCGCGACAUCUUUUCGAUCGCGCGUUUUAAGGCCCGCAGCAUAUAUGUCUAUGAUCAUGAUCUAUAUGUACUUGACGUAUCCAUUACAUAUACAGUAGCAAAGCCCAAAGAUAUUAUUAUUAACUGAUAACUACAACUACUACUACUCAAGUUUAUAUGUUUAGUGGCAAAGACUAAAUUGAUUUAUGUUUAAUCUAUGUUCGAGAACGAAGCGCAUCGAAAUGCUUUUAAGACGUAUUACACAACCAAUUGUAAUUAUUAUCUAAUAUUUUCAAGGAUUUUAAACAACUUUUAUACGUAAACAAAAAUCACAUAAAAAAACAAAAACCAAAUAAAUUUAUUUAAAAAUAAACGAAACAAAAAUGAAGGCUAGGGGCAGCUUGCAACAAUAUGCAGGGCGGUCAAACCUACAGAUAUAAUUAUAAAUAUUGAUGUGCAUACAAUAUAUUGCCUUUCCUUAACCCCCCAAGUCCUCUUCUUGAUCCCGAAUCGAAAAAUGGGCUUACAGAGCUGACAAGACGAAAACGAAAUGUUGCCCAAUAUAUACACAAAUAUAUUUCUGUAACUUCUAUGAUACACCAAGCGCCUGAUAUGCGCUGCAGAAUAAUAUCUAAAACGAAAACGGAUCAAAAACAAAGUACUUCAAUGAGAAAUAAAAGCGAUAUUUAAAGAAUUCAAAA